AUUCUUUUUACAUCUUUAGGUUAAAAUUCGGUUAUUAUAUCUCUUAUUUAAAAGAUGAUUUUUAUCUUUUAUUAAUUAAAAACUAAAAAACGAUUUUUAUUCGAAGCUAAAAACUCUAUUCUAGGAGUCCGGGUUAAUUAUGAUCUAAAAAGAUGUGUAACUGGGUUUCUUGGAUCUUAUAGAUUAGUAAGGAUACCGUUUAUUUUUAUAAAAAUGAUCUUAACAAUUUUAAUUACAUUUUGUUUGAUUACUUUUAUCAUCGAGAAAAAAGGAGUAGUAAAAGAAGAAAGUAAAAGAAACAUUUGGACCGUUGGAUUAGAGGGAGUUGUGCCGGGGUUCGCUGCGCCAAUGAUGGUGGACUGGUGGGGAUAUCUAACGGUCACAACAUGGGGGCCCAUAUAAUGACAUCUCUCAGUAAUGGUUUAUUUACAAUUUCUUUACAAAAAUUACCGUUGAAACUUGGACGUGAAAAGAAAAAGGGAAAAAUAUGAAAAAGAUGUAAAAUAUCAAUCUGAUGAAUAUUCACAUCUGAUAAAUCAUAACUUAAAAUAGUUAGUUUUGUUGAAAAACCUUUCAUUACAUUGACGAAUUAAGAGUUUAAGACUAUGGUUAGACACAUAUUGUACAUUUACUUUUUGAAAUAAUUUUUACAUUCUUAGCAAAAAAAAUGGUUAUAAAAUAUUUUGAGAUUUCCAAGUUAAAAAAAAAAAAAAAAUUCAUUGUUAUUCGCAUACAGUUGAUUUAUAUACAUCUUUCUUUGCUUUCGUUUCUCUCUUGUGUUCCUUCUUUUAGCACUGUCGUGACUCCUAGCUCAACCAUCUUAUGAUCACAUAACCUCUUCAUAGAAAGCCCUUCUCCCUCGUUGCUGCCGCAAUCUCCGUUGCUCCCCAUUAUGUGGCUGUUAUCAUCAAAUAUAUCGAGACUCUUUGACCCGGUGUUUUUAAACCCGGACUGAACCGGCGGUCGGACCGGAUUGAACCAUGAACCGAAAAUAAUUCGGAUUGGGUUAAUGCUAAAACACAACUAAAAUUGAACCAGUUAAAAACCCCUAUCGAACCGUCAAAAACACGGGAACCAGCGACCCAAUAAACCGGACAAACCCCGGUUCGUAUAUAAGCAAAAAUUUUGUUAAUGAAACAAUUAAUUUUUCUUCUUUUUGAGUAAAAACAAGAUUUAUUAAAGAUUAAUAAAGUAUCGUCUCUCGUCUUUUUCUUUUGUUGUCUUUACAAUUUAUAAAUUACAAGAUUCACAAAGUUUAAUAUUCACCUCAAGAUAUUGUUUUUGUCUGCUUCUCACUUUGUUUAAAUUUUAUUUCAUGAUCACUUAUUUUGAAGACUUUAAAUAAUUGAAACAUUUACGUUUGUGAAAUUUGUAUUUCAAAAUCUAAUUUUUACCUAAUGUGUAUAUAAUUUUUUUUAAAGCUGAUAAGAUUUAGAGUGAUAAGAUUUGCGAAUAAAGUUUAAAUAUGCUUUUCAUAUUGAUUUUAGAUUUUAAUUGUUAUUUUUAAGUUUUCUAUACAUUAUGGCUAUUUAAACAUUUUAUUUGAUAUGAUCUUUUUUUUAAGAAUAUGCAUAUUAUUUAUAAAAUAUCACUAAAUUUAGUUUAAUCUAAGUAAACCGAUCAAACUCGGUUCAGACCCGGUUGAACCACAAUGACCCAUGAUCCAAAAAACUUUCGGUUCGCUAGCCGGUCCGGUUUUAAAAACACUGACCCUAAUUAAGCUCACGAAGUUGACCAGUUUUGUUCUCUCGAGUCUUGUACUCCCAGUAAGAGUACUUCAGCUUCUUCAAGUUGAGGAGUAGAGCAAAUAUUUAUUCAUGCUCAAGUGAUAACGACGACGUCAGCAAUGCCUAUUAACACUCUGUCCUCCAAAAUCUUCUUUCAGGCUUCAGGAGGUUUAGACUUCUUGAUUUCGGCCCACGAGUUGUCCAAAAACGCCACUUUAUGCGACCCAAGUUUUUUAGAAAGAGUUGAUUGGUUUAGCACUUUAGUAUUCGAACUAUCUAGAUACCUACCUAGAUAGAGGAAACGGAAAUUUUCCCAAAUCUACUAGGAUUUAAUUUAGGAAUUAAUUACCUAUCAUAAUCACUGUAACCGAUAUUACUAUAUUCUAAUAAACGUUACAUGUAUAUCGUGAGUCUAUAUAAAGCUCCACGACCUUCUCGUCUAACCCAUUCACAAACCGCUAAAAUAAUGGCGCUAGUCCGAAAACCUGCUGCCUCGUCCUCUUCUGCUGCUCGCGAUGGUAUCAAUCCAGGGAAGAUUAAAGUGCAGAUGAUCCGUAUAUGGAAGGGGGAUAAGAAUGAAUCAGGCAACUCGGUCGUUAUGGUUUUACUUGAUUCAUCGGGGACAAAUAUUCAUGCAACUAUAGGUGAAGCUUAUUCAAAAUGGAUUCAAAAUACUGGUGGUGCAACGAUCAACGAGUCAAAUAGAGGAAAUAUUGAAAUUGAUGUUCUUGAAGAUUUGAUGAUAGCUGACUGCAAGGACCCUAUCAAAACUUUAGUGAAGAAAGUUUAUGGAGAAUCUUUUCCAGAGUCCUAUAAUCCUGGGUUUUUUCACGGGAAAGCUAUUUUGUGUUCUACAAAUGAAGAUGUGGAUCAGAUUAAUGAUUAUAUGCUUUCGCAGAUAUCGGGUGAAGAAAAGGUGUGUCUGAGCGCUGACAGUAUUUCUCGAUUGAAUUCACACCCGAGUGACUACAUGCGAUACCCUCCAGAGCUUUUGAAUAGCAUCAAAGCCCCUGGAUUGCCUAACCAUUGUUUGAGAUUGAAGGUUGGUGUUCCUGUCAUCUUACUACAGGACAUUAUGCCUAACUAUGGACUAUGUAAUGGGACAAGACUUCAGAUUACACAACUGGGUGGUUUUGCGCUUGGGGCUAGAAUUAUAACAGGUGCUAAGAUUGGGGAGGAAGUCAUUAUCCCUAGGAUACCUACAUAUCCAACAGACGAAAAUUUUCCCAUCAAAAUGCAGCGUAAGCAGUUUCCGUUGGCAGUUUCGUUUGCAAUGACUAUAAACAAAAAUGAAGGACAGCCACUUUCUAAAAUUGGUAUCUAUCAACCAAGGCAAGUGCUCUCUCGUGGACCGAUGUAUGUUGCUGUAUCCAAAGGGAAGACUAGAGAUGGUUUGAAGGUUCUUGUUACAAAUAAAGAUGGGAAACCUAACGAAGAAACUGCAGAUGUUGUGAUCAAGGAGGUAGGUGUUUCAGAACACUGAGUCAACAAGUCUUAAUCUGUCUUUUACUAUAUCUAUUUCAGGGUGCAAACUGGUUAUUUUUAAGUCAUUUUGAUUUUCAUAGUUUUUCUUAUUUCAGACUAUUAUUAUGUUUUACAUUUUGGUCUAUUAUCAUUUGUUCUUGCGUCAGACUUUGUUCUAGUCAACAAUGUUGUGUUUAGGCAACAUGAACUUCAUGUAAUGGAGAUAUUCUACCUAGCUUUAUAUGAGACAUACUGAGCUCGAUAAACAGUCAUAAGACCUAAAACUAUAGAUGAUAUACAAAAUCUGCACACAAUGUUAACUAAGAAGAUAAUAAUAGAAAAGAACACUCAAACACAUUAACCUUUUGGUUUUAACUGUUAACAAACAAAGAGCAUAACUUAUUAAUCUGAUUUCUACACAGCGACUCAUAACUGAAACAACGUAUUACUAGUUAACACACUCCACGGCGGAAGUGAAUCUUAUAUAUUUUUUUCUUUCUAUCAAUUAGCUACUAGUAAAUUCAAACUCAAGUGACUGUGAAUUGAAUAAGGCAUCUUAGCAGGUGUAAACUGAGGUAGUAGAUAUAUACUUAUAGUAAUAUCAAACCACCGAAACAUAUUCAUGUUAACUUCGACUGACCUUGACGACACAGCCGUGCUGAGAAUUUGGGGACCAUAUUCAAAAUAAAUAAAUAUUAUUUUAUUUAAAAUUUUUAAAAUAUAUUAAUUACUUUUUUGACAAACAUAGGCUCCCACUGAUGACAUUUUCGGGAACACGACGAACGAAUAGGAAAGGAACAUAUAGGAAUAAAAUUACAGGAAUGAAAAGAAAUGUUUGUUCCUUAUCAAAUUUAACAAGGAAUGUUUUUGUUCUAUAUUUCUCUACAAAAAAGGAACGGGAAGGAAAAACCAUUCCUUGUGAAUGGUGAUUUUUUUGGGAAUGGUAAGGAAUUCAGUGUUCCUUUCGAUUCUUGGUCACCAUUAGUUUAAAUUAUUAUUUUUUUAAGUUAUUAAGUUUAAUAACAUUGUAAUAUAUCAUUUUUAUUUUACUAUGCAAAUUUUAUUUAUAUUUAAAACAUAAUAGCAAAAAAAAAUAUAUUUUAUAAUCUUCUUAUGAACUAUCUUUUAUUUUUAGUAUUUCCUGAUUUUUUUUAUAAAGUUUAACACUAAUUAUACUAAGAUAUAUGUAUUUAAACAAAAUAUUCUUUGAAAAAAUAUAUGACCUCACAAAAGUGGAAAGCCCAUUCAAAUGUUUCAAAAAAUGUUCUGAGACCCACCUCUCCAUGACGUGCAUGGGAGGAACCACCUCAGAGGGUGUCAAAUGACCCACAUGGAAUCUAUAAAAUCUAUACUAUUAAAAGGGAAGCAGUUUACUUAUAAAUGGUUGUUGGACCCUUUCAUUAUAAUGUUAUAUUUUAUAUCACCUUAAUUAAUCAACUCCACAUAAUAUGUUUAAUAUUUGUGCCAAACUAAAAGAUUCUGCCACCAGAUUUUAUGCUUAUUAACAGAAAAUAAUUAUAGUAGCAUUUAUUUUCAAAUACCAGAAAGAUAAUGUUUAGAUAUAGUUUAUAUUGUCAGCUAUGAUGAUCAUUUAUCCGCUCCACAUAAAGGCUGAUUUACAACAUUUAUUAACAUAUUAUAUGAACCAAUUUUUUUUAUAUACAGAAUGUAAAACAUAAUGUAUAGAAACAUGACAAUACUUUAAAUUUUUUUAAUUAUAUUCAAAAUUUUAUGCGUAUACAUGAAAUAUGUUUCUAAAUCUCUAACGUUUUAUUUGAAAUCUGAAACAUUAACCGAAAACCGAAUCUGAAACACAAAAGAAUAAUCGUGAUACCGAAGACAUAUUUGAAACAGAAAAAAAAAUA